AUGGCGACCAGCGCCGUUCCCAGUGACAACCUUCCCACAUAUAAACUCGUCGUGGUGGGUGAUGGUGGUGUGGGCAAGAGUGCCCUCACCAUCCAGUUUUUCCAGAAGAUCUUUGUGCCUGACUACGACCCUACCAUUGAAGACUCCUACCUGAAGCAUACAGAGAUUGACAAUCAAUGGGCCAUCUUGGACGUUCUGGACACAGCUGGGCAGGAGGAGUUCAGCGCCAUGCGAGAACAAUACAUGCGCACAGGGGACGGCUUCCUCAUCGUCUACUCCGUCACUGACAAGGCCAGCUUCGAGCACGUGGACCGCUUCCACCAGCUCAUACUGCGUGUCAAGGACAGGGAGUCAUUCCCAAUGAUCCUCGUGGCCAAUAAGGUGGAUUUGAUGCAUCUGAGGAAAAUCACCAGGGAGCAAGGAAAAGAAAUGGCGACCAAACACAACAUCCCAUAUAUAGAAACCAGUGCCAAGGACCCACCUCUCAACGUGGAUAAAGCCUUCCAUGACCUCGUUAGAGUAAUUAGGCAACAGAUUCCAGAGAAAAGCCAGAAGAAGAAAAAGAAAACAAAAUGGCGUGGAGACAGGGCCACUGGCACUCACAAACUGCAGUGUGCAAUCUUGUGACAGCCUGAGGCCCUGGGCAUAGUAGCCAUGAACUGCCAGUGCCUGGGACCACCCCACUGCCUAACUGCACUGAGAACCGUAUCUCACCAUAGCCCGUGGCUCUGGACUGGGCACAGGAAGGGAGCGAGGGAGGAUGGGCAGGGACAGACUGUGUCUGGCUUUGCUGCCUCACCGCUCCCAGGAGACAAGCAACAGCUUCCAAGCCCUGCGUGUGUUGAUGGAGCCCAGUUCCCAGUCUCUUGGUGGGUGUGUUUUCUUCUAAUUACAUAGGGCUGGUUUGCUGUGGGAGUGUUUAUCCACAUACAAUGUACCAGACAAGCCAUGAACAAGCACCC